CUGUCACCUGUGAUCUCCUCUCCGAGAGCCAUGGGAGCUGCAGGUUCCCUCCCCACCUCGCCAGCAACGCCUUCAACGCCCACAAGUGAACCAAGAGCCUGGUCUGCGCGUGGGAGCCCGACUCUGGACGCUGCAGCCGAGCCGCACACGCCGUCUCUGCGCUCGGGGAAAUGAAUCCGAAGCUUCCCUACGUCCUGCUGCUGGGGGCUGCGGUGAUCAUCUUCGUGCUGUCCUGCAUGCUGCUGAGCAGGGGGAAGCGCUCACCCAGCUGCGAAUCCCAGCCCCACGUCGUGGAGAACACGGACUCCAGGAGCCGCAGCCGGGUGUUCGCCGACCUGACGGCCGAGGAGCUGGCGCAGGUGGUGCGGUACCUGCAGGGGCACCUCGGGGUGCCUCUGACCGACGCCUCCCGCGCCGAGCCCUCCGACAACUGCAUCGCCUCCCUGGACGUGCAGCUGCCCGCCAAGGCCGAGGUGCUGCGCUUCCUGGACGAGGGGGGGGCUCGGCCGCCGCGGGAGGCACUGGCCGUGCUGUACUUCGGCGACCAGCCGGAGCCCAACAUCACCGAGUACGUGGUGGGGCCGCUGCCGACGCCGGCGUAUCACCGGGACGUCACGGCGCGCAAGUACGGCGGGAAGCUGCCCUACCACCGCAGACCCACGCUGGCUGUCGAGUACAAGCAGCUGGGAGCAUUCUUAGAGAUGGUGGCAUUCGCUGCAGCCCCGACCUUCCUGAAAGAAGUCUUGGAGUACGACGGCACCAACGUGGCGUUUCAGACCACGGCACCUCACGGGUUCCGGUCCGGAGACCGUAAGUCCUGGUUGGUUGUGUUCCAGAACGUGAGCGGGUUCUUUGUGCACCCCGUGGGGCUGGAGGUGCUGGUGGAUCACAGCAGCCCGGACACGUCCCGCUGGGCGGUGAGCAGGGUGUUCUACAACGGGCAGUACUACAGGGACAUGGCCCAGCUGGAGAGCGCCUACGCGCAGGGCCGCGUCAGCGUGGCCAAGGUGAGGAAAGCGCCGCGGGACGGGGACUUCUCGUCCAUGAAGCCGCGAGCGCCUGGGGCCGCCCCGUUCCCUCUGCAGUACGAGCCCCAGGGCCCCCGCUACAGCGUGAGGGACAACCAGGUGCAGUUCCAGGCCUGGAGCUUCGCCUUCGGCGUGAGCGUGAGCACGGGGCUGCGCCUGUUUGACGUGCGGCACCAGGGCCAGAGGGUGGCCUACGAGAUCAGCGUGCAGGAGGCCCUGUCGGUGUACGGCUCCAACUGCCCCGGCGGCAUGUCCACCAGGUACAUGGACGGCAGCUUUGGCAUCGGCCGCUACAGCUCCCCCUUGGUGCGGGGGGUCGACUGCCCCUAUUUAGCAACGUACCUGGACGUGCACUACCUGGCUCAUUCCCAGGUCCCAAGAACUAUUAAAAACGCCCUCUGCAUCUUUGAGCACAACCUGGGCUCCCCUCUGAGGCGACACUACUCCAACUUGCAGUCGCUCUACUACGGGGGGAUGGUCAACUCUGCUCUGGUCCUUCGGUCCAUCUCAACUGUGGGCAACCACAACUACGUGUGGGAUUUCAUCUUCUACCAGAACGGGGCCAUCGAAGGCAAGGUGCAGGCCGCGGGGUACCCCAGCUCAUCCUUCCUGCACGGGGAUGGGCUGAGAUACGGCAACAGGCUGUGGGAGCACACGCUGGGUAUGAUACGCACUCAUUCUGUGAACUACAAAGUGGACUUGGACGUGGGAGGGGUGAAAAACUCCUUGGUGGCCCACGACAUGGCGUUUGAGAUGGCACGGGCUCCCUGGAACCCAGAGCAGCAGAUAGAGAGGCCACGACUCACCAAGAAAGUCCUGGACACAGAGGACCAGGCUGCCUUCCGCCUCCAGGAGAAGAUGCCCAGAUACAUCUACUUUGCGGCCAACAGCAAAAACAAGUGGGGCCACCAGCGUGGCUACAGGAUCCAGAUCACCAGCUUUGCAGGGGACCACCUCCCUGAAGCCAGCUCCAUGGAGAGGGCCAUCAGCUGGGCAAGGUACCAGCUGGCUGUCACCCGGAGGAAGGAGGAGGAGCCCACCAGCACCAGCAUCUACAACCAGAAUGACCCCUGGACGCCCACUGUUGCCUUUGCUGACUUCAUCAACAACGAGACCAUCACCAACGAGGACCUGGUUGCGUGGAUAACCGCUGGUUUCCUUCACAUCCCACACUCUGAGGAUAUCCCCAACACCGUGACGGUGGGAAACGCUGUCGGCUUCCUCCUGAGACCCUACAACUACUACGACCUGGACCCUUCCAUCUACUCUCACGACGGAGUGUUCUUCACCAGCGAGCAGGACGUCACGGCGUGUGACGUCAACCCCAUCGCCUGCCUGCCCAAAACCGCCUCCUGCUUGCCAAGCUUCCCCCCCUUCACCUACGACGGCUUCCAGAACGUGAGCAGGCUGUAAUGCUCCAGGAAGGCGUUAGGAGACAGUCAGGGACAGCGAGUUUACUGCUCCCGGUGGCUUUUUUUCCCCUUAGUGAAGUUGUCUCAGUCUCCAGCUGUGCAGCGACUUCGCUGCUCUGUCAUUGCUUUUAAAAUAGUGCUCUUUGAAAAGGGAAGUGUGAUCCUCCUGGCAUGAUGCCUGACAGGGAGGCAGCAUUAUCUCUGUUAAUCUCCGACUUUGAGUCUGUUGCAGGAGGAAAGUGAGGAGAAAACCCCCGUUCCUCUGCUGUAAAAGCAAGUGCUGUGUAGUGCCUGUCUCAGGUU